AUGUCCCUGGGGUUUGAGGAGUCUGAUGCUGCGGAGAAGCAGAGUUGGGAUUCCGAGUUUUUUAGGUUUCCACUGCCGUCGGAGUCGUCCUUGAGGUCGCUGAUGAAGAAAGAGCAGGAGUACGCGGUUAAGGGUGAUUACCUCAUGCGGCUGCUCUCUGAGAGGCAAUUUUCCGCCAGGAGAAACGAUGCCAUCGAUUGGAUGUGGAAGGUUCAUGCGGUUUACAAGUUUGGUCCCCUCAGUGCUUAUUUAUGUGUCAAUUACUUGGACAGAUUCCUCUCCUACUAUGACUUUCCUGAAGAGGAUCAGCCAUGGUCGACACAGCUACUCUCUGUGGCCUGCCUAUCUGUGGCUGCCAAGAUGGAGAAAGACAACGUUCUUCCUCCUUUCUUAUUACAGAUAAUUUUGUGA